CGGCACCUCACCGCUCACUGUAGAGGAUGUGGAUUCAUAGCUUUGCUACAAAUAUAGAUAUACCCUCGGUCAUGAAGUGGGUCGGAGCCGAUCCCCAUUGAUCAAUGCACAGAGCUGGUGUAGAUGAUAGAUACUGAACUAGAGCACAGAAUAUCAAACAUGACCAAGCUUUUACCUCUCGUCAAUUGGAAAUCCUUUUCUAAUGGACACUUGCAGAAGACUUGCAAUGAAACUUCCGGGAAGGGCGGGCGAGGGACAAUUACCGACGAACGACAGUUAUAUAAAGGUUAUUCCUCCAAUGCUCUUUCUCACGAUCAGACACUUCGUGGCAAAGGCAGCUCAAUCGAAUCAAGGAGGCUCUAGGGAUGGAGAGUGAUCUGGUUAAGAAAACCUUCUCUAUAGCCAAAGCAGCUCAAUCCAAUCAAAAUCGAUCUUACCAUUCUGAGAAUUACUCUUCUUACUUCAUCAUCGCCUUCCAUGGAUCGGGGACGACUAUCGGAGACUGGUACUCUGGCAAACCUUUUGGAGAGACAUCCGUUGGUCUGAAGAAACUCUUCCCUUUCCUCAAAAGUAUUGGCAACGAUGAAAUCGCCGUUGUUAAUGGCAAAUUCCUCCAGCAAUUCAAGGAUCUUUUAAAACCAGAUGCUCUAAAUGAAGAAUUUCGUUUGAGCGAUGAGCCAGGACUGGAACAUCUUUUAAAAGACUCGAAACUCAGCAACAAGCUGGAACGAGCUGUGAGGGAAGGGAAGAAAGUAGUAUUUACAGGAUACUCAUCUGGAGGUCCUAUUGCCAUCUUCGCCGCCAUAUUGUUUCUCCAACAAAACCGCAUUCCUCCAUUAUGUGUGACAUAUGGAUCUCCCCUCGUUGGCGAUCAAAUCUUUGGCCAUGCUCUCCGACGAGAAAACUGGGCACAAUACUUUGUACAUUAUGUCAUGAGAUAUGACAUUAUCCCACGGGUCUUACUCACCCCUCUUUCUUCUAUCAGAGAAGAAUGGAAGACCAUUCUCCCUUGCUUCGACAAUAGCAAACUGGAAUCCAAGGCAAAAUCUCAGGAGGCAUCUUCUUUCUUCUGUGAAGUCGUGAGAAAUGCACUGUCCGUUGCAAGCCACACUGCCUGCUCAUUCAUGGGGUGCACCAACUUGUUACUGCAAACAGUUACUAGCUUCAUUGACCUCAGCCCUUAUAGGCCUUUCGGGACCUAUGUGUUCUGCAUGGGACAGGGAAAAAUGUUCACCCUCAAGAACCCAGAUGCCAUUCUUCAAUUAUUGUUCUAUAGUCUUCAAUUAGACAAUGGGAAGGCAAUUGUCGAUGUUUCUUGUAAAAGCUUCAUAGACCAUCUAGGAUACCAGACCGAAUUCACAGAUAACCUGAAAGAUGUGAUUGAUCUUGAGCAUCUUUAUUUGCAACUUCCUCUGUCCUCUGGAGAUGCUAAUAGCAGUGAGACUGCAAUCAAGGAGCUUGGACUGAGCACAAGAGCCAUGUUGAGCGUCAUUGCAGCUAAAGAAUGGGAGAAUGAAAAACAGAAAAACCAAGAAAAGAUUGACAACAACCGCAACAAGAUUGAAGAAGGGCUGAGGAAGCUUCAAGAAUAUAAAGCCAAAGGUGAGAUACGCAUGAUUGGUUACUACGAUGCCUUCAAGUUGCAGACAGAUGCAGAGGACUUCCAUGCCAAUGUGACAAGGCUGGAGCUAGCAGGGAUGGGGGAUGAAAUCAUUGAGAAGCUGAAAAGGUAUGAAUUGCCUGAUGGGUUUGAAUGCAGGGAGGACUGGGUAGAGUUGGGAACCAGGUUCAGAAACCUCAUGGAGCCUCUAGAUAUAGCCAAUUACUAUCGACACUCCAAGGAUAAAGAUACUGGACCUUAUAUGAGACCAGACGAAGGUAGGCAGCCAAGACCAAAGCGUUAUAGAUACACACAGAGAUGGCUAGAGCAUGCUAAAAGGAAGCCGGCAGGUUAUUUCUCAGAAUCCUGUUUCUGGGCUGAGGUGGAAGACCUCAAUAUUUGUAUUCAGAAAAGCAAACAGAAAGAAAAUCUUAAUGCUGCCUUUGAAAAGGUGAAAGACAGGGUACUAAAGCUGGAGGAUAAUUUGUUACAGUGGGUUCAGGAUGAGCAGCAGCUACGAGACGUGUUCUUUGGGGAGUCCACCUUUGUCAAGUGGUGGUGGCAACUCCCAGAGGAGCACCGCAGAAAGUCCCGAAUCACCACACUCAUGAGUGGACAUGCAAAAGAAUUCUCACCUGCUAAAAUGAUAUAAAAGCUCUAUUUGAAUUCGGAAGUGAAGGUCUCUGCAGUCUAUCUCCUAUAUCUAAUGAGUGCUCAUUCUAUUUCUGUCUGUAACACUUCUAUGCAAUCUAUAAGUUAUAUCUGUAAGAAUCUAGUGUAUUGUUCUGUGUAUUAGAUAUUUGUAUGAGGGACUGCAAAAGGUUGUAUUGACAAAAGACUAUGUUCUGUCUCCCCAAAUAGCAGACUUUAUCCUCUCUGGUUCACCUUUGCCUGGAUGAACGAUGGCAGAAGAAGUGUUUGUUUUAACUGGGAAAUAAAUGUUACUUUGGUUGAAGCCUAGGCUCUGAUUGUUAGUACAA